UUAAUAGAAAGCAAGUCAACAAGGGGUUAAAUGCGAACGAAAAUAAAGGUUAGCGUUGAAAAGGAGGCGGAAAGAGAAGAAGAAAGAUAAGGAGGCCGGCCGGCCUAUUUUCCCGUCAAUUACCGAAUUUCCCUUUUGGCUCUCUUUGAAAUUCAUUCCCUUUGUAGCCUUCCUUUCACUGUCGAAUACCAUCACCGAUGGGGUAAGGAAGCGGGGAUUAAAAGCCUAUUCGAUCUACCUGUGCUUAGCUGAAGUGAAGAAUUGGUCAUUCUACUGAGCUGGUAUGGUUUGAUCCACGAGAGAUUUCAACCGAUUUAUUUUAACUUUACAAUUGUUGUUUACUUGAUCAGAUAAAGAUUUGGUUCUUCACAAAUUGGUGCAGUUAUUCAUCCGUAGAUCAUUUUGUCAGAAGAAAUGGGCGUUGAAUUGCCAGCAAUUGGAGCUCAAAUGAUCAAAGCUGUGAUCUUCUGUAUUAGAGUAUGUUGCAGAACUGUUAUCGAUCAUCCCUUCCUUGUCGCUUUACUGGGUUUAUUGGCAUUCCUGUACAGAUCAUUUCCUUUUCUGUUUUCUGCAUUGCUAUCCAUAUCUCCUGUUAUUGUUUGCACUGCUCUUCUGCUGGGUACUUUAUUAAGUUUUGGCCAUCCAAACACGCCUGAGAUAGAAAGCGAAGAAGAGAAAACAGUUCAUGACAUUGUAGCGCCUCUGAAAUCUAGGGUCUCUUGUGAUUCCAUUGUUCUAGAGCAAGAGUCUCAGGAAAUUCAAUUGGAGAGACAUGGUGACAGGAAAGUUACAGGGUACUCUCCAAUUCCAAAUAUGGAUAAUAGUAAUAAACAAGCGAGACUGGAGAUUGACAAUGAUAAAUCUGUGGAUUAUUUUGACUCCAAAGCUGUAAACGUCAAUACUUGUCCCGGGUCACCUUGGAAACAAGAGGAUGACGAAGAAGAAGACGAUAGUGAUGAUGACGAGAUUGAAAGUCUAGAAAGUUAUUCUCCAGAUAAGUCAGUGGCCAAUAUCAUCCCGAUGCUUGAUGAACUCCACCCUCUUUUGGAUGAAGACUGUCCUCAACCUGUUGAUCUAUCUCGUGUUGAUUCUGAUGAAUUUACUGAUGGAAUUAUAAACCAAGAAGAGGAGGAAUCUGAAGAUGAUGAUAGUGAAAAUGACGAAGAUGAAGAAGAAAGUAAUAAAUCUGCAAUUAGUUGGACUGAGGAGGAUGAGAAGAAUGUAUUGGAGUUGGGAAGCUCAGAUCUUGAAAGGAACCUAAGGCUGGAGGGGCUUAUUGCUAAAAGAAUAGCACAAAAGUUUAUGGGGACAACACUGACCAAAAGGAAUUUCAUAAACUCAGAAGGUGUUGAUGAUCUGCCCUUUAACGUUGCUCCCAUUUCAACUGCCCGAAAAAACCCUUUUGAUAUCCCUGAUGGUGAAAAUGGCCUCAGGUUACCACCAAUUCCUGGCUCUGCUCCAUCUGUUUUACAUCCUAGGAGAAAUCCAUUUGAUCUUCCUUACGACUCAAGUGAAGAGAAACCCGUUGUUAUGGAAGGAUUUUUCCAAAAGGAGUUUGAGGCAUUUCAACCUAAAGAGACAUUCUUCACGAGGCACCAAAGUUUUAAGCCAUCAAUAUUUGGGCAAAACAAAAAUGAUGCGAGGUUAAGACCUUUCUUUGUUCCAGAAAAGAUAGAGUCAGAAGGAGAAAGUUACGCCCCAUUUCAAAGACAGUCGAGUGGUCUUAGUGAUGACAAAGUAAGAUUUGUUCCAGAAACCGAAUCAACAGGUUUAGCUCAAAGCAUAAUAACUGAUGAACUUAUUUCUCAGGAUCAAAAUCUGAUGUCUCACGUAGAGCAUUUAUAUGGUCAAGUUGAACAUGCAAGCAACUUUUCUGAAGUGGAACAAUUGGAGUUGGUCAGAAAUGGUAAAAAAGACAUUUUUGGUGUGGAGAUUGAAGGUAAGCAGGACUCCCAUUUGAUCCAUGAAGGAAAUGUCGCUGAUAUGUUGGAUUUCAGCGAAACAGAAACUAAUUCAAGCUCCGCAUUUUUUGAGCAGAACUAUAACUGGAAAUUGCUAUCAGAUUUGGAAGACAAAAGUGGUCAAGCAGAAGAAAAAGCAAUUUUCAAGGAUCCUUCAGCGGAAAGGUCUGAUGUCAACCCACAUAAGGAACCUAUGUAUAAUUCAAGCCUCACUUCGCUUCAGAAUCACAUUUCAUUUGCAGAGAGGGAAUCUUUUGAAAGUAGUCUGGUUAUCAAUCAGUAUACUACUAUGGUUAGCAAAGAGAUGAUAGCCACCUCAUCUAACUCCCAACCAAUAGAUCAAAGUGACUUUUCUGUGUUUGACUCGAAUGCCCAUAUUAAGGCUUCACAUGGUAUGAUGGAGUCCGUUUCUUCCAAUUCAUCUAAAGUUCUAAGUAAUGAUCCAUCUGAAAAUAAUGGUGCCUUUGACUUGUCGAUUCUUUCUCAAGAAGAUCAGAAACUUGUUUUUGUUGGACAUGGAAAUGGUUUGGAAGAAAAAACAACAUCUGGAAAUGUUGAAGAAUUGGCAUCAUCAUAUCCAUCCACAAAUCACCCUUCCAAGGAUCACAAAGAAGCGCAGGAACCACCCCUUAUAUUGCUCAAAUCAGUUUAUGAAGCAGAUAUUGCUCAAUCAGAUGUUAAGACAACUGCUUGUGAUGAAGUAGAAAUUGCUAAGCAUGUCAGGCUCUCUGAAACCCGUGAAGUUUUAGUAGAAACAGUGGCAGAGGUUGAUGGUAUGAAGGAUCAUGAUAAAACUUUAUUAACUGAACUGGAUGGGCAACUCCAUGAAGAUAAUUCUGUGAGGCAAUCUAUUCAUGAUUCCUACGAUGUUAAUGUGAACAAAGCAGAAUCCUCAGCCUCCUCUUUCUUGAAGGAAUCUUCGGAAUUCAAUCUGGACAGUAGUGCCAUGCAGUUAAAUUCAGAAGAUCAAUUGCCUGAAGUUGCAUCAGAUGAUGAUGAAGCUCUCAAACAUGAGACUGGCUCUAGUAUAAGAAGCAUCCGUAAAAUCAGAUGUGAGUACAAGGUCCGUCAAGCAGGUGUCAAUGGUAAAAAAGAAGAAUCCGUCAAAUCUGAUGCAAGUACAAGCUCCAGCUCCAGCUCUGACGACUCCAGUUCAAGUGACUCUGAUAGAGAUUAGAGAAUCAGAUCAGAGGGAAAUUUUAUUGCACAAUCUGAAAUUAUGGGUUCUGUGUUUCAUUUUCUUUCGGUUGCUUUUGAUAGACAUUUUAGAGGACAUUUUAUUCAAAAAUGACUUCUGGAUUCACUUUCUUGAAAGCACCAUUUAAUGUGAUUUCAGUUUCCACAGAUCUUUGGAGUAGAGUCUAGCCAUUAUUUGGUGACUAGAAAUGAAUUUACCUAAAAUUACGUUGUAUAAAUAUCAUAAAUGUUAUAAAUGUUAUAAUGUCAUUUCUAGCAAGAAAAGG